AUGACUGAAGCCAAACAAGAUUUAAUUGAAUUAUCAACAAAUCCUUUAGAGGAAUGGAUAAAUACACAUUAUGAUGAAUUGUGUGCAGGUAUGACGUGUAAAAAUGCUCUAUUCUGCAAACCAUCAGACAUGAAAGACAAGAAUUUUCAAAUGAGCAUUAAGGAUAAAUGUGAUAAGAAACAGAGAAGAAUAGAUGGUAAACAAACAUGGUGUUAUGUUUUGAAAGAAGAAAUGAAAGGAUUAUAUAAACAGGUUGAACCAAACGAUAAUGAGGAUUCAUUUACUGACGAUGAAAUACCUGUAAAUGAAGCUUUAUAA